AGCUCAAGUGUUGGCAUGAAAAUAAGGACAGCAUUAGUAGCAGCAGUCUAUAAGAAGGUAAUACGCUGAGCUAAGAGGCUGGACAUGUCUUAAUGGCACUAGAUGCCUUCAUUAGUUUGCAACAGAGUUUUGAACUUCCAGUUUAUAAUGUUUAAAAUAAUAAAGUAACAAAAUAAGACUUAUUUGUUGAAGAAAAUCAAUAAGCUGAACAUUUCAAAAGUAAAUGUUCUGGAAAAAAAAAUGUAAAGUUGCCGUCAUAAGUUUUGUCAUGUAAUUUUCAUUUAAUAAUUAUAUUACCACCACCCCCGUUCUUUUUUUUUUCUUUUUCUUUUUGCAAAAUUACACUUUUUGGUAAGGAUUGCGACAUUGUAGAAAAAUUUUACAUAAACCAAAGUAAACAAAAACAAUGAUUAAAAUAUUUUGAAAUAAUACCUGUCGAUCAAAAUAGUUUCACUUUCUAUUGCUUUAAAUCAGGGGUCUCAAACUCAAAUCAUCCGGGGGCCGCAUGUGGCAAAGUCUGAGUAAGACUGGGCCGCAUCAAGUAUUUCACACAAAAAAGCAAUUACAAAUUCAAUAUAGUAAAACUGUUAACAAUCUGCUCAACCUUUAGUAAUAACAAAUAAAAACAUUAAGGGUUCUCAAGAACUAGGCUUCACUUUUUUCCUCCUACAUUUUGCUGCUAGAGACCUAACAAGUGAUCAAGCUUAAAGGUUUGGAAUUUCCCUCACUCGUAAACAUUUCCGGCAAUUUUAAUAGGAAUUCUUUGUUACUGUUUCAGAUUGCUACGAUUUACACAAUUAUGGUGUGCAUUACCCACUAACUGACUUUUUAAAAUCUUGAAAUAUUUAUAGAUAAUAUUCGAAGCGUAUUUUCUCAAAAAGCAUUUUAGCCAUGUUUUUCGCAUAAAAUUAUACAAAUUAAAAAAUUUUAGUCCGAUUUUAAAACGUGUGUACCAUUAUAAUCAACGUCCAAAUCUAUACAAACAUAAUAAAAAUCAGAAUUAGACUAGCCGGUGAGGUUUGACCGAAGCCGUCGCUGAGUGUCACAUUAUAGAUAUGAUGAUUGGGGAAAAUGCGCGGGCCGUAUUAACACUAAACUUUUCUGUCAUGUCGCGGGCCGCAAAAUAUCGUCUUGCGGGCCGGGAGUUUAAGACCCCUGUUUUCAAUGAACCUCUUUUUUUAAACUAUUUCCCCCUAACAGUCACUGACUAUGAACAAUGAAACCAAGAAGAAAUUUACCAUGGGCAACAUUGUCAACCUGAUGUCCAUUGACUGCCAAAUACUCCAGGACGUGACCUCUAACCUUUACAUAGUAAUCUCUGCUCCCUUUCAGGUGGUUAGCAGUUGUUUUUUUUGGUUACUCUUUAUUUGAAUUGACAUUAAAGAAAACGAAUCUUGUCAUUUCAUUUUUGCUUGAAAACUUCUAGGGAGAGCGUUACAGCAUACUGCGCUGUAUAUAUUCUGAUUGAAGUAUCAACAAUCUAAGGAUAUUACAAAUGGAAUUUCUUAGUUUUCAUAUGUUUAGAAAAAUUAAUUGAUCUUAAUUUGCUACACUAAGAAUAGGAAGAUAAUAAGUUAAGGAAGUAUUUGAAAACAAAAUUAAUUAAAAUAGCAAUUAAAAUCCAAAAGAUUUCUAUAGUUCAUAACUGACAUUUUGUUCAAGAUAGUCUAAAAAAUAUUUUAAGAACAGAAAUUUUAUUAUGAUCUUGUAUUUUUGUAAUCCGUACAGAUUUGUAUAGCCUUCUACUUCCUGAAUGAUGCGUUGGGCCUGUCCUUUGUUGCUGGUGUGGCUGUCAUAGUUGCCUUAAUUCCUCUGAAUGCCCGGGUUACAGUGCUAGCCAAACGUGCGCAGACGGAGCAGCUCAGGGUGAAAGAUGAACGACUGAAAACUAUGAAUGAAAUAUUAAGUGGCAUCAAAGUGAGCAUUAAAGAAAGCUUCUUUAUAAAAUUACAUAACACCAAGAAAAAGAAAGAAGUUUAUAUAUUUUUUAAUUUAAAAAAAUGUUUGUUGAGGAUUUGAUUUCAAAUUUUAGACUCUAAUUAAUGUAUUUUUAACAGGUACUGAAGUUGUAUGCAUGGGAAACCUCCUUUGAAGAAAGAAUCCAGACACUACGAGGAAGAGAGCUGAAGUUAUUGAGGACAGCCGCUAUUUUAAACAUAAUAAAUGUCUUCAGUUGGCUCUGUUCACCCGUGCUGGUAAGACUUCCUAAUACAACACCAUUUAUUACUGACACACUAUCUAUUGCUGUGUGAUCAAUAACUGAUAUUGAAGAAUUAUUUGUACACCUGUCAAAAAUUUUUUUAAGGAAAUGUUAUUGUUUACAUCUAUUGGUGAGUUGGGAACAGAUCAUAGGUCAACAUGGUCAAUAAGCAUAAUUUGUCAAGAUGGUCAAUAAUUUUUUUGCUGCAAUUAAACAAUUUUUUUUAUUUCAGAACAUGUAUAUAUAUAUAAAAUUUUAUAUAUAUACAUUUAUUUAUUUAUUUAGAUAAGGAUUUAAGACCUGAAAAGGUAAUUGGGCUGCUUACAGAAAAAAUUCAAUCUCUUGUUAAUUAUUUUGAAGUAAAAUCAAGAAAUUUAAAUCGUAGCUUAACUUUCAUACAUUGAUAUCAUGUGGCUGCUUCUUUCAACUCUUAUAAGAUUAUUAAGGCUUCAUUGCAGAUAAUUUUUAUAUUUACCCUUAAUUAAAUAAUGGAUGAUGAUUCAAUGGAUGAUAUGAUGGUUGAUUAAAUUGAUGAUUAAAUGAAAGAUUUAAUGGAUUAUUUAACCAAUGAUUUUAUGGAUGAUUUAAUGGUUGAUAUCAUGGAUGAUUUAAUGAUUGAUUUAAUGGUUGAUUAUCAUGGAUGAUUUAAUGAAUGAUGUAAUGGUUGAUUUAACGAAUGUUAUAAUUGAUUAUUUCAUGAAAAAUUUAAUGAAUGAUUUAAUGGUUGAUUUCAUCAAUGAUUUAAUAUUGAAUUAAUGAAUUAUUUAAUGGAUGAGACAAUUAAUGAUGUUGAUAUUUCAUCCUUUUCAUGAUUUAAAAUCUAGUUCAUCUGUUUUCUUGUACUUGUUUCCUAAAUAAAAAUUCAUCUUUUUUUAUUUCCUAAUUAGGUAGCAACAACAACGUUUAUAACUUACAUAUUUGUGUCCAGUGAACACAGCCUAGAUUCCAAAACUGCAUUUGUCUCUCUCAUCCUCUUCAACAUCUUGUCACUGCCAAUGAAUAAACUGCCUACCAUUGUGUCAGACCUUGUUUCUGUAAGUCAUUUCUUUAACUUUAAAUGCUCUCAAACUUGUAUUUAAAAAGCUUAAACGUUAGUCACGAUAUUUAUAUUUUCUGAAAAUUAUUUUAUAUUUAAAAAAGGGUAGAAAAUAUUGAUAUGUUUAUGAUAUUUUUUAAUGAAAAAAAAAGCUAAAGUAUGAAUUUUUUGUUUAAGUUUUAACAUUUUUACACACGCACUAUUUUAUUCCGCACAUGGACAUACAGGCACACAUUCCAGUGUGUACAUAUAUAGGCAUAUUUCAAUAAUUAUCUACAGACAGAUUAUGUUUCAAUGUGUACAUACAGGCACAUGUUUCGGUUGGGAGACUCCAGGAAUUUCUGUCAGGCAUCGAUCUGAAUGGUAACGAUGUCAUCAGGGUGAGCAUGAGCGACAAGACCACCUAUGUAGGUCAAGCCAGGUCCAUGAGGCUGCAAACUGAGAAAAGUAAGUGAGGAAUUAUUAAUUUUGAUAACAUUGUUCGCCGUUAACAUUGAAGUCUCUUAUUUCAUUUAUUUGUUUCCUAAAAUUGUAAACAAUAUUUAAGGAUAAUUUACGAGUGAUUGAAUUCAAGACGUAUGAAGCAAAUUGUGGAAAAAUAUUUGUUUAGGCUUGAAAUGAAAAGAUAAGAAAUGUGUGAUGGGGUGUGGGGUGCAUUUCUGUGCAUUUCUACAUAGAAUCAGCAAGCAUCAGAAGAGUGAUUUUGUAAAUUUAGGUUCCCUUGACCUGGUUGUUUUUUAUAAAAAUCCUUUGUUUUUAGUUGAUUCUCAAUAGUAAUGUUGCUUUAUAAUUCUGUUAUAGGGCUUUUAUUUUUAUUUGUUUACGCUAGUGAAUGAAUUUUAAUGGCUAGUACCAUUAUACAUGUUGAUCAAACAUGAAAAAAAAUCAAACUCUAAGUAUAUUAAUAUAUUAAUUACCUGUUGGCAUUUAUUUAUAAUUUAAAUGUCCAAAUAUAAAAGAUAGAAAAAAAUUGACCAAAUAAGGCCUACUGUUUUGUAGAAAAGGUCUAUUGAAUUUUUAUGACUAUUUAAAACUGGUCAUUUUUUUAUAAAUUGCAUAUAAGUGACAUAAUAAUAUAAAAAAGAAGAUAGGAUAAGAAAGGGUGGUCCAAAAAUGAGAAGGAGGGGUCACAUUGAACAUACUGUAAAGGACAAAACAUUGUAUUAAUUCAGUUAUAUAAAAUAACCCUUAGCUAUGAGAUAUUCUCACUUUUUUUGGUCACCUUGUGUGUACAAAAAAGGCAUCACACUUUUAUUUAAAAAGUACCAAAAAAUUAGUAAAUUGAAAGGUUUAUUUGAAAUUUCAGAAUACUACUAACAGAGCUGUUGCAUGUGCCUUUCAAUCCCUGCAGCAGCAGUGGGAAAGGAAAUGGAGGGGGGGGGGGGGGGGGUUGAAUAUUUAAGGGACCUAAAGUUGUGAUGUGGAAACAAAAUUGAGCUAUAACUUUGAAUGAAUGAGGCAUAAAAUCUAAAAUUCCGGAAGGCUCCAAAUGUCAUCCAGCGCCUACUGCUAUAACUUUCUUUAGAUAAAUUACUAAGUAAUGAACAUAUUGCAUCUAAUUGUAAAACUCUGUUUUAUUUACUUUAAUAACAAAUUUCAUGUUAAAUCCCUGGAUUUGUUUUUUUAAUUGACGAAUUCUACUAAAAUUCGUACCAAAAAUGUGCAAUUAUUUUAAAAUCGAAAUCUUGUUCGCAAAAACCCUGCACUUUGAAAGAAAAUCAACUUUCCUAAAUAUCGUUCAUUAUUCAUUAACAAUAUGGCCAUCUUGAUGAGCCACUGUUGCUCCUUAGAAGUGUGAGGCAACUGCCCAGUGUGACCGAGUGUGCCCGCGCUAUAAGAUGGCACAGCAUGAUGCUAUUACAUGAUGGGAAGGUACUCAGGGGUGGUCUGAAAGUUACUGUAAAUGAAAUCAAUGAAGCCAGUUGGCCUACUUUUCUAUAAACAAUUGAUUGGACAACAUAUUGUGUAAAUGGCAUAAACCAACUGACUGUAGUGCUUAGAUUUGUUGUGAAAUUGGAUGAUGAGGUGGCACGUUUUGUUAUAUAAAUGGUAGUUUUGGAAGCACUUUCCACCACUGUUUUUUUUGGCCUCCUGAAACAAAUAACGGUUUCUGUUUUCAGCAACCUGGUGUGCUAAUUAUUAUGUUGAAAAUUUAGAGAAAGCCAAGAAGCGAUACAUACUGAAAACAUGGUACAUUAUAAUUAUAUGAUUAUCAAUUCUGUAUGUGCUCAAGGUCAUGCUUCUACUGUGAGGACAACUUGGAAAUUCACUGUGCCUCGGUGUAACACUGUCUGAUAUAAACAAUCAUUCUUACCAUGCACAAUAAUCGCUUGGAACCACAUGGACAAUGCCGCCGUGGACUCGACAUCAAUCGAGAGCUUCGAGGCUGCCCUGGCAUCUGCUAGGAGCCGUUAGGAUAGCAGCAUCGCUUCCCCAACCGUUGUACAUAUGCCAGUACAUGGAUUCAGCAACGUACCCUACAAGAACCAGAAACAAAUACAACCAAUCAUGAAUUAUUAAAAAAAAAUAAUAAUGGAUCCCUAUACUUUGUUUUACUAUUACUCUUUGUAUUUUUAUUACUAUUUUUUUUUAUUGCUUUUUGUAUUUUUAUUAAUAUUUGGUUUUUUUAAUUACUAUUUAUUUUAUUACUACUAUUUGUAUUUUUAUUACUAUUUAUUUUUUAUUACAAUUUUUUAUAUUAUUACACAUUUUUUGUUUUAUUACUAUUUGUUUUAUUAUUACUACUUGUAUUUUUAUUACUAUUCUCAUGAUUAUUUUUCCUUCUUGCAUUGUCUUCAGAUUUGUUUGCCAUAUCUGACAUGACAAAUUGUCACAAUUUUUUUCUCUUAUUCUAUUUUAGUUUGCACUGUUUUUUAAAUGUUAAAUAAUAAGUAGGUCAUUUGGGAAUAAAUGUACCAUUUGAUUUUCAUGUUUUGCAUAGCUAUAGGCCUAUAUGUAUGAAUAUUGUAUAUCUUAGGUGCAGUGUACAUUUCAAAUGCCACAUUUCAUUGGGACAGGGCUCUGGCUCCAGUGCUAAAAAAGUAAGUCAAUAUGUUACUUUUAUCAUAGGUAUACACUUUUAUCAUUUGUAUACAAUGAGUAUUAGAGCCAAUCUUAUGUUUUUUGUUUGCUGUUUUUAUUUUAUGUAUUGGUUAUAAAUAGUUAGCCUGUAAUUUAAUUUUUAAACUUUCUGAGUAACAGUUAGCCUAUAAUUUAAUUAAUUAAACUUUCCCAGUAAUAAAUAGUUAGCCUGUACUUUAAUUAAUUAAACUUUCUGAGUAAUAAAUAGUUAGCCUGUAAUUUAAUUUAUACAAACUUUCAGCACGGUUACUAUGAAAUUAACUUUAUCCAUUUCCUUGUUGCUCUUCAAAGUUCUUGCUUUAAAAAAAGUCUUUAUUUGGUUGGGUUUUUUUUUUUUAAUUUUUAAAAACAAUUUUGAUUGACCAUUUAGUCAUAAUGGCUUUAUGUGAGGGCUGCUGAUUGACCAUUUAGUCAUAAUGGCUUUAUGUGAGGGCUGCUGAUUGACCAUUUAGUCAUAAUGGCUUUAUGUGAGGGCUGCUGAUUGACCAUUUAGUCAUAAUGGCUAUUUGUGAGGGCUGCUGCCAACUUUUAGAUUUUGUUCCGUCCAAUUUUACCAAAAGUGAUCACCAAAGAAUAUGAAAUACCUAAUUUAGUCAAAUUUAAGCCCUUGAUGAUACCAAGUUUGUUACAGCUUGGAUGUGAAUAUUCCUACGGGCAAGCUUGUGGCUGUCGUGGGUCAGAUGGGAGCUGGUAAAUCAUCACUGUUGUCUGCCAUCCUCGGGGAAAUGGAGAAGGUGUCUGGGGACAUUGUGGUCAGGGUGAGUAAUUGAUUGAUUAACAGAUGACCACUUCUAAGUUGUUUUGUGUCAUGCAAUCAUCACUAAAAACAUUUAUUAUGUGAUGUGGUGACUCGAUGUCAUUCAUGUGAACUGAUGUAUGUGGUUUGUUGUUGUUAUUUAAUGUGUCUUAAAUUAUUCUUGAAUUCCUAUCAUUUAUUAUUUGAUUGGGUUACCUAGAAGAAAAAUUCUUGAAUUACUACUUUACAUCACUAGGCCUAUAACAUGUUAAGUAGCCCAACUACAUAAACAUUUUGCAUGUUAUUAUAGAAUAGAGGCCUAUUGACACUCAUGAACUAUAUUUUUGAACAGAGUUUAACAAACUCAUUCAGAGAUGUGAUGCAUCUGAAACUGAUUUUAGUUUACAGCAUAAUUUAUUUACUUAUGUUUCAAGUUCCUUACAAAAAUAGAUUAAACCAAAGUUAACAAGUUGAACUAAUGCUGCUGAAUUUGUCUUUGUCCUUCUUUGAUGUUGCUGUUCAGGGAACUUUGGCUUAUGCACCCCAACAGCCUUGGAUACAGAACAUGACAGUGAAGCAAAACAUCUUGUUUGACAGACGCUAUCACCACAACAGGUACACGCGUGUUGUCAAGGCGUGUUCUCUGCAGUCUGACCUGGAGCAGCUCAUGGGCGGAGAGAAUGCAGAGAUUGGUGAAAAUGUGUGUAGGUUAUGUACAUUAUUAUUACUAAACAUGAGACUUGCCAAUUGAUGAAAACAUUUUUUUACUAUGUAAAUUAGACCCAUUCUAACUCUCAUUAAAAGCUAUUAGAACAGUCCAAUCGUUAGUUUAAAUAUGAUUGAAUGGUCAUAGCUGGCAAUGUAAACGAAAUUGGUAAAUAAUAAUCUUACCAUUCAAAGGGAGCUAAUUUAAGUGGCGGCCAAAAACAACGUGUGUCACUGGCCAGGACAAUCUACUGUGAUGCAGACUUGUAUCUGUUUGAUGAUCCCCUGAGUGCACUGGACACUCAUGUGGCUAAACAUAUCUUUAAAAAUGUCAUCAGCAACAGUGGGAUGCUGAAGUCAAAGGUGAGGCUCUCCUCCAUCUAUUGCAUUUAUCCUUUACUCAUCAAAUAAACUAAAACAUGCAUAUAAAUUCUUUAUUAGUUUAUACGUCUUGUGUGAAAGGAUAUGAGAAACUACCAGGUAUUGUCUUCACGAAUGACAAUAAUUGUUUACUUGACAAGUACCGUAAUGUUAUUUUCUGAUCAGUUUAAAAAAAAAGCAGUCAUGUUGAAACAAAAUUGAGAACUUUGUGGAGUGAAUCCUGAUUUUUUUUUUUUUUUCCUUCUGUUUACUGCAGACUCGUCUCCUUGUGACCCAUGGCGUCCACUGGCUGCCGAUGGUAGACAUCAUCCUGGUGCUG